AUGCACAGAGCCCAUGCUAAAGACUGGCACGAAGAGCUUGAGAUGUUCGAACGGCACCAGGCCCUUGCAGCUGACCAAGUGGAUGUUCUGGACAAAGCGAACGUGCGUCUGAAGGGCAUUGCGGCUGAGCACCUGCAACGGCUCGCCAGAGCCGAGGCCCGCAUGAAGAAGCUUGAAGCACGACGUGUUCAGACAAAGUCAGAGGUGGCGCAGCUUCAGCAAGAACUGUCUCAACAGCUUGAUGAGGCCAAAACAACAGAGGAAGGAGUGAGUAUGGCACGAAAGGGUAGCUCCAAGACGGCAAGUGCAGGCGCAUCGAAAACGCGAGCCAAGCAGAUCCGCAAAGGAUUUGAGCAAAGCAGCCGGACUGCUACAGACACAAAAGAGAAAGAGGAGAGGGAGGAGCCAGCAGGAGAGCAAACGUCGCAGGUCAUUCUGCUUUUCUUGCUCGUGCUAGUCGUUGCGGUGGGCCCCUACUUCUUUGCGCAGCUCCUCGAUUGA